ACGUAUUACAUAAACAUGUCUCCUCUCAACCACGUGAUAAAAAAGCUUAUUUUCAACUCGCUUGUCACAUCUAUCACACGUGUUCUUGCAUAUCAGAGACAUCAUAGCAGCAGGGAGCUUGGCAGGCGAAUUUUUUUGAAGUCAGAAGAAAAUUCUUCCGCGCUAACCUCGCCACGACCGUAUAACAGCACAGAACGCGAAGAAAUGCAUGGCGACGACAGAAUGCUGCUCUCCGAUCGAAGAACGGUACGAAAUAAGAGAAUCCCGGCACCUCUACCACAAAUUUUAAACCCCUUGGGGUUUGACAAUCCGAUCGGUGUAUGUCACCCUCAACUGCCGCGGCAUAGCCAGAAUUAUGCAAAAUUGCUGGGGUCGAUGGACCAAGGAGCUGUCGCGAAGAAAGACCCAGCUAUGGAGAACGACUCCGACAGAAUCAAGCGUCCUAUGAACGCUUUCAUGGUUUGGGCACAAGUGGAGAGAAGACGACUGGCGGAUGCAAACCCAGAGCUGCACAAUGCCGAGCUCAGUAAAAUUCUGGGACAAGCUUGGAGAUCGCUGAACGGGUCGCAGAAACGACCUUAUGUAGAAGAGGCCGAGCGUUUGCGGCAACAGCAUAUUAAGGAUCACCCUGACUACAAAUAUCGGCCCAGGCGAAGAAAACACCCCAAAAGAGUUUGUAAGAAAAUGACAUCUUCUACACCCCCGAACUGUGCAGUAAUACGCAAUCCGAAAGAAACAACAGCCCAUGUCUCGCACUCUACUUCAGGUGCCGAGUGCGGACAACUCGCGGUCAACCAUGCAGAGGAAAAUUUAAUGAACUUUGGUCAGUCAUCUGCACCAAUUCCGUUUGCAAACGGAGAUUUAAGGCUGACACAUCUCGGCGGCCAUUCCACCUUGCCAAAUUUGUCCGAGAUAAGCCUUCCCACACCAGAGACGAGUCCCGGAUCUGACGAAUUUGGUAGUGAGUUUAACUUCCCAACUUGCUGGCAAGACCUUCAAAGUGCGCCCACUAGUGUGCAGAUAAAAUCGCAUCCCACCUCCCCACCGCCAUAUGUCGGUGUAUCUACUUCAAAUUCAGCGCCUGUGAGCCCGAUCUAUCUCACAAACGGAGGCCUACAGGUACCGAAUUCUGUGCCGAUGAUGCCUGGUAGCGCGAACACUCAACUUCAACCCAAUGACACCAGUGCAAAUCAGAUCUUCUACUUCGCUCAACAUAUCAGGGAGCUGUUACCCGAAGGAGACUUCAACAGGGAGGAAUUCGAUCAGUACCUAGACGGCACAGAAACAGCAAAUAUUAUGUGUGAUGUGGCCUGGUGAGGUAACACUAUCGAGGAAGCUAUGCAGACUUUUGACUGUAAAAAUUCCAUUACGCAAGGACUUGGUGCCGAGAUUUUUUGCCAAUAUCGAUAGGGUGACAGUUUUUCAGCCGUCACGUUCGAUGCCAACGAACACUUUAUUUCAUAAUUUCGGUAUUGUUUUGUCUUACUUUCAAGCGCAAUGCGUAGACAAGGAAUUAUUUUUCAAUGUACAGUUUACAUAAGGGGUCAAAUACAAGUGAUGUACACAGUUGAAGGCUAAAAAGCCCGCAAGGGGCCGAUCGAGGUACAAAGUACGUCUCCUAGUUUCUUCAAUUUAUACGCGAUGCAUGCAAUCUACCGUAGUUUAUAUUUGGAUGUACAAUUUCGGGUUGCUUUUAAAAUAAAGAUUUGCUAA